AAAAAGUGAUCCAUUAUGCUGAUGUUGUUUUCUUCUUUAUUACAGAUUAAAGCCCACCCAAGCGUUGCUGCACAUAUGCUAUAUGAUCUUGAUAGUGUGAAUAAGACACCUACAACCGAGUCAACCCUUCUUAUCAUAGACAUAGCUGGUUGUGACAUGGAAGAAAAGAAGGAUGAGGAAGAUAGCACAUUAAAUGAGGGUGAAGCUGAGAUUUCCAUAGCCCAUGCAAGAAGACUUGUUCAGAGUGGGGUUCAAGCUUCAGAUAUUGGUAUUAUUACACCUUAUGCAGCACAGGUUGUCUUCUUGAAGAUGUUGAAAUGCAAUCACGACAAACUAAAAUAUGGAGAUCUCUACUGUUGA